AUGACAACAAACGUGCCGCCACUCGCAUCACUGGGCAGCAUCCUUGACAGACUCUAUCGCAUCAAGUUUAGCGAAGCUGAUUCCAAUCUGGACUCCUCCGCGGACUUUGAAGAGGUGCCCGUCUCCGCCUCAACUCCCUCUCCGCUGCACAUUCAAAUGCAGGCAGCUGCCUCGUAUCAAGUGGCCGAAACUCUGGCCGAUCUUAAUGAGGAGGAGAGGAAACGUUAUGGCGCAUUGUUAUUUCAGCAAUCGUCGGCAAGCAAACUCAACAUUGUGGAUCUCUAUCCAAUUAAAAUUGAGGACUUUCAGCCCGUAAUGAGAGAAGAUAAAGCGGAGGAGCAAGUGCAACAGGCUGUCUUUACACAGCUGGAUAAUGCUGAGGAAUAUCGACAGAAUCUUAUGCCCAAUGAGGUAGAAAUGUUGGUUGUAAAUCCAACAGUUAAUCAGCCAGCAACAACGACAACUCCUUCAGCCAUGACAACUCUGGCCAGCAUGGAGUCCACGCCGAGUGAUUUUACACGUAAAUUGCUGGCUGAGCAGGAUGAUUUGAUAACGGAAAUUGAGCGCAAAUUUCAGCUGCAAGAGACAACAGCAGCAACCACAACAACCGCAGGCACCAUCAGCACCACUAGAACAACAAAGUUACCUCCACUGACACAUGGUGAUAGCUACAUCGAUCGACGUGUGAAGAAAAGCUUCGAGUUUCCCAUGCAACAUCGUGCUAGCGACGUUAUGGCCCUGCCCAACAUUGAUUUUGCCAACACUAAAUUCAACACGGAUGCUUCUGAUGGGACCGAGGCAAGGACAGCCUCAGUGGCUGCUGUGGUUCAACCAUCGCAUCCCGAAUUCUCCACCACAAAGUUCUACAAUAGCAAAGAGUUGUACAACGAAAUGUUACAUAAUAAACGCAAGUUAAUCAAAGAAAUUGACACUGCAGCGGCUAAAGAACGGGAAUUGUUGUUGUUGGCCACAGCAGGCAGCAUUAUAAAGUCAUCAGAGGUUCCACAAAGUUCGGAGCAGUCGCAGUCGCAGCCACGUCAAGUCAUUAGAGCAAGCGAAACCACAAAGUUGGAGGUCUCGUCACCAGCGCCAAUGACGACAAAACGCGUGACUUUGACGCCCACCCGGCAAACUUUUGACGGCACCACAGCAGGGGAGGCAAAAGAAGAAGAAGAAGAAGCUACAACAAUAACCAGCACUUGGACUACUGUGAAACCCAUGAAAUACCAGAAGCAGCUGAAACGCGCUAAAUUAUUGCUCAAGGCACUGAAGCCGCCAGUUGCCAGCGACCAACAGUUGGAAAAUCUAAAAGUGGUCGCUGCAAAAGUCAAAGUUACAUCCCAAACAGCCAAUACAACUGUUAACUCCACUCCCAAUCCCAAUCCCACUUCCACUCCCAGUACCACUUCCACUGCCACUCCCAGUCCCACUCCCAGUUCCUCUUCCAGGCAUCCGGCUAAUCUAGCUAAAUCAGCUUCAAAGCCAAUUGCUCGUCCGCGUAUUUUAAGUCGCCUUCAGGAGAAAAUCAAUUCGCUUGAAUGUGAGAUACAAAAUGUGCCGCAGGAUUCACAUUUGUGGCGAGGCAACGAAACGCACGAGCUGCUGCUGCCAAUUGUGACUACGGAACAUUGUAAAGCCGGAGAGCAUUGUACGCCCAAUGUGUUAACAUGGGAAGGUGAAGCCGAAAUCCAAUCUGGCGAUAUUUUGAUUGUCGAAAUCAACGAUGCCAUGUUGACUACACCACACAAAGAAAACAUCACUAGCAGCCAAAGUGCCGCACAUGCCGCUCAGGUUUAUCAGGUAACACGCUCCGGCCACGAGCAUUGUGAUGUUACUGAAGGUGUACUCCUGGACUUAACACCCUUGGUGGUCGAUGGCAGAAAACUGGUUACCUUAUAUGACAAGGAUCUCACCGAGGGAGUUAACCUGCUAAUUGUGGUGUCCGAGCUGUGGAGUCAACAGUGUGUGCGUUUAAAGGUGACCACGAAAACCGACAAUUGUGGCGAGAACGCCGAUUGUUCCGGCAAAGGGGUGUGUUAUUCGAGCACAUCCAUGGAGGAGUACGAGUGCCAAUGCUGUAGCGGUUUUGCGGGACCACAUUGUGAGGAGAUCGAUGCUUGUAACCCCAGUCCCUGCACCAAUAAUGGCAUCUGUGUGGACCUCUCGCAGGGUCACGACGGCAACUCUUACCAAUGCCUUUGUCCAUAUGGUUAUGCGGGCAAAAAUUGUCAAUAUGAAUCGGAUCCCUGUAAUCCGGCGGAGUGCAUGAAUGGCGGCAGCUGUGUGGGUAAUUCCACGCACUUUCACUGUGAUUGCACUUCUGGCUUCACAGGGCCCCUCUGUCAGCAUAGUCUCAAUGAAUGUGAGUCCUCGCCCUGUUUGCAUGGUAUCUGUGUGGAUCAGGAGGACGGUUUUCGCUGCUUCUGCCAGCCCGGAUUCGCGGGCGAGUUGUGCAACUUUGAAUAUAAUGAAUGCGAAUCGAAUCCAUGUCAGAAUGCCGGCGAGUGCAUCGAUCACAUUGGCAGCUACGAGUGCCGCUGUACGAAGGGAUACACGGGCAACCGUUGCCAAAUAAAGGUUGAUUUCUGCGCCAGUAAGCCGUGCCCCGAAGGACAUCGCUGUAUUGAUCAUGGAAAUGAUUUUAGCUGCGAAUGCCCUGGAGGUCGCAAUGGACCGGAUUGUAAUCAAAUGCCACGAACGCAGUGCAGCGUCAAUCCGUGCACUCAUGGCGGUACUUGCUGGUCCAGUGGCGAGAGCUUCUACUGUGCCUGUCGUCCUGGAUAUACGGGCACAAUGUGCGAAGAUGAGUUUGUGGUGGAGACGGUCGUCAGCUCCAGUGAAUUUAUGGUCGACGAUGUGAACGCCAGAAAUUUUAAUGACAAAACUUUUGGUUCAUCGGCUGUGCUUAAGAGUCCUAUUGAAUUGCAUAAUGCAUAUUUUGCGGCUGGCGUUUUGGCGGCCGCCAUUUUCAUCGUUGCCAUUGUGGUCACCAUCUGUCACUGCAAAGUGAAUCAAACGUAUCGAAAAUUCUCAACGCGUCCCACUUCGUUUAUACCCAUUUUGGGCUUCAGUCGACGGCCCAAGUUGCAGGGCAAACUUAAUAAACAUUGGCUAAGUGGCAAAGGUCUCAGCACACCGUCGGCUGCAGGUGCAAAUGCCGCCGCAGGUGCAGGUGCAGGUGGAAGCAAUGCGGCACUGUCAAGUCGUCAUUUGCCCGCCCAACCAAAUGGCAGCAGCCCCCAGACACAGACCACGUUGGGGGGUCAACUGCAUGAGCGACCGUUUCAACGGCAUCUGGCCAUGAACCUGGAGAAUGACAUGUACUACACGGUCGAUUUCAGUGAGAACUCGCAGCACUCUCCGCUAAUACAGUGAGAUGUAGAUGGCGCCAAAGAAGCACUUGCAGUUGCAACUCAUGUCAAAACUGAAGCAGAGCAUUUUGGCUGGUUAGUUAAAUUUACGUGCGAGCACGUUUCACAUAAAUAGAGUAAGUGAGUCAGAGAGUCAGAGUAUAAGA